CUGUCGAGACCAAUUAUUUAUAAACAAUAUUGUUAAUCAGUUAAUAUUACUACUAGUCUAACCCAAAUAUCCCAUUAAUCACGUUUCUGUCAGAACUGACAAGAGAGCUUCGAAAGGGAUCGAACAGGGACGUCGCUUUUAAGGACGUGUAGUUGCAUCAGUUUGUCAAACGAACGAGAUAGGCGUGGGAUGCGAUUGACCUAGCUUUCAGAACUGGUUGUACCGCCAACUUGCGGCUGCGCGCGGACAAACUCUUCUUGUCCAGUAAGAAAGCAAAGGCAAAUUAAGCAGCUAGCUGGUUAGCUGCUGCUGCAGUGAAAAGAGGAAUUGGGUUUGGAAGAAGCUGCAUGCAUGGCGGCGGGGGCGACGCUGUCGGUGCUCCUCCUCGUCGCCGGCGUGGUGCUCAUGCUCGUGCUGCACGUCGUCGUCGUCUUCUGGGCGCUGCGCCGGGGCGUGUUCCUGCGCGGCGCGUUCCGGGUGGAGGAGCGCCGGGACCAGCGGGCCGCCGGCCUGACGCCCGACGAGAUCGCCGUGCUUCCCUGCCACGAGCGCAAGGAAGACGGCGGUGGCGGCGGCGGCGGCGAGUGCGCGGUGUGCCUGGAGGCGUUCCAGGCGGGCGACCGGUGCCGCGUGCUGCCGAGGUGCGAGCACGGGUUCCACGCCCGGUGCGUCGACUCGUGGCUGCGCCAGAGCCGCGUGUGCCCCAUCUGCCGCGCCGAGGUGGAAGUGUCCGGCUACGCCGGCAAGCCGGCCGCGGCGGUGGCCGAGGCAAGUCAGGCGACCACGCUGGAGAUCGUUACUGAAAGAUUGGGAGGCACAGAACGGUAGUGUACUCUAGUGUUUGACUCUUGUUUAAAUUUUUACUGGUUGUAAACUUGUAAUUAGUAAUCCUCGCGUAGUUGCAUUUAGGAAAUCUUAUUGUACAGAUCAAAUGGGUCAUCUGAUCAGUUGAUCAGCUCAACCAUUCUAUGAAUUCAAUUUGAUUCAUCA